GGGAGCGGGUGCCGUGCCCGUGAGGAGGGGGCUGCGGGACACCGCGCCGCCGGUCCCCUGCCCGUGGGGGGCGACGGGAGGGGCGGGGAGGGGAGAGACCCACCGGGUCUUUUCGGGAGGGAGUUACCGCUUGAAGCCCGCGGGCGGGGCGGGGCCUCCCGCCGCGGGAACUGGGGCGGUUGUGUAACGCCGCCCCCGCGCCGGUUCCCGGGGCGCUCGGCCGCGAGGGCGGCGGAGACGGGGCAGGCGAAGGCUCCCGGUCCCCAGCGCCCCGCCGCGCUGCAUGGACUGGUACAUGAUGAACUGCGAGCUGCUGGCCACCUGCAGCGCCUUGGGCUACCUGGAAGGGGACGUCUACCACCGGGAGCCCGACUGCCUGGAGAGCGUCAAGGACCUGAUCCGGUACCUGCGCCAUGAGGACGAGACCCGGGACGUCCGGCAGCAGCUGGGGGCAGCCCAGAUCCUGCAGAACGAUCUCCUGCCCAUCCUGGUCCAGUACCCGCAGGACAAGGUGCUCUUCGAUGCUGUCGUCAGGCUGAUGGUGAACCUGACGCAGCCAGCUCUGCUCUGCUUUGGCAAAGUGCCGCCGGAUGCCACCUCCCGGCACCACUUUCUCCAGGUCCUGUCCUACCUCCAGGCCUACAAAGAGGCUUUUGCCAGUGAGAAAGUUUUUGGGGUGCUUAGCGAGAAGCUCUACGACCUGCUGCAGCUGGACUGGGAGCAGCGGCAGGAGGAGGACACGCUGCUGAUCGAGAGGAUCUUGCUGCUGGUGCGCAAUGUGCUGCACGUCCCCCCGGACCCCACGGAGGAGCAGGGUGUGGACGGCGAUGCCAGCGUGCACGACCGGGUGCUGUGGGCGCUGCACAUCAGCGGGAUGGACGACCUGCUCAAGUUCCUGGCCAGCGCCCAGGGGGAGCAGCAAUGGGCUCUGCACGUCCUGGAGAUCAUCUCCCUCAUGUUCCGUGACCAGAGCCCGGAGGAGCUGGCGGUGCUGGGCCAGGGGCAGGCGGCCGCCGAGCACGGGGAGGACGCGCAGGAGCUGGAGACCCUGCGGCAGCGGGAGCUGGCGGAGAGGAGGGCCCGAGCGCUGCAGCGCCCAUCCAGGCACUCCCGUUUCGGUGGCUCCUACGUUCUGCAGGGCCUGAAGGCAAUCGGGGAUCGGGACGUCGUCUUCCACAAAGGGCUGCACAACCUGAAGAGCUACAGCCACGACUUGGGCAAGGAGAUGCGGCGAGUGCCGCGGCGGCGCCAGGCCGCCCCCGAGGCCGAGCCCCCCCGCCGCUCUGCCCGCAACGUCCGGCUCUUCCUGCGCCACUUCUGCCAGGAUUUCCUGGAGGGCUGCUACAACCGCCUGAUGCUGCUGGUCAAGGACCAGCUGGUGCGGGAGAAGGCUCAGCAGCAUGACGAGACCUACUACCUGUGGGCCACCGCCUUCUUCAUGGCCUUCAACCGCCGCCGGGGCUUCCGCCCCGAGCUGGUGUCGGAGACGGUGGGCGUCCGCGCCUUCCACUUCAUCGAGCAGAACCUCACCACCUAUUAUGAGAUGGCGUUGAUGGACAAGAAGGAGGCGGUGACCUGGGCCCGCAGGAUGCACCUGGCCCUGAAGGCGUACCAGGAGCUGCUGCGGACGGUGCAGGAGAUGGACCGGUCCCCCGAGCAGGCUGUGCGGGACAGCAGCCAGGUCAUCAAGAGCAACAUUUUUUACCUGAUGGAGUACCGGGAGCUCUUCCUCGCCCUCUUCCGCAAGUUCGACGAGACCAAGCAGCCACGCAGCUUCUUGCGGGAUCUGGUGGAGACGGCCCAUCUCUUCCUCCGCAUGCUGGAGCAUUUCUGCCGGGGCCGCACCAGCCUCGUGGUGCAGAGCAAACGCGUGCAGAGAAGGAAGAAGCCGCGGACGCCUGCAGCCGUCGCCCCACAGCCGCCCAGCGCCGUGGAGCUGGAGGAGCUGUGGGCAGGAUUGGACCCGCAGAUCCAGGCCUGCCUGCAGGGCGAGGUGCCCCUGCCCGAGGACAUGGUGCCCUUCGACGCUGCCUCGGAGACGCCGGUGGAGGAACAGCGCACAGAGGCUCUGCUGCGGAUCCAGGGGUGCCUGCGGGAUGCCCAAGUCCCCCAGGCCCUGCGGCUGCUCCGCUCCGCCAGGGACGUCUGGCCCGAAGGGGAUGUGUUCGGACCCCCUGAUGCAGGACCACCCGAGGAGACCUGGCUGCUGCGGGAGAUCCUCUUCGCUCCCCUGCCCUGGCAUGCACCCCCCGAGGCCGAGGAGCCGGAGGAAGAGGAGGAUGAGGAAGAGGAAGAGGAGGAAGAGACCAUGCAGGUGUCAGAGAAGGAGUUCAACUUCCUCGACUACCUGAAACGGUUCGCCUGUCCCCCCGUGGUCCGGGCGCUCGUGCUGCUGCUGCGGGGGUACACCCGCAACAGCCCCCGCACCAACCACUGCGCCGCUCGCCUGCUGCACCGCCUGGCCCGCGACCUGCACAUGGAGCCCCUGCUCUUCCAGCUCUCUCUCUUCGCCCUCUUCCACCGCCUCCUCAAUGACCCCGCUGCCGGCGCACAUCAGGAGCUGGUGGCAUUGGCCAAGUUCGUCCUGGGCAAGUUCUUUGCGCUGGCAGCCACCAACAAGAAAGCCUUUGUGGAGCUGCUCUUCUGGAAGAGCCCGGCGGCCGUCCGCGAGAUGACCGAGGGCUACAGCUCCCUGCGGGAGGGAGAGGGGGCUGGCAGGAGCCGGGUCCCCCCCUGGACCCCCCAAGAGGAGCAGGAGCUGCGGGAGCUGUACUGGAAGUACAAGGAGGUGGAAGGUGAGGACAUCAUUGCCGCCAUCCUGGCCCAUCUCCCAGCACCCGGCCGGACGCGGAGGCAGGUGGUGAAGCAGCUGGUGCGGCUGGGGCUAGCCAGCAGUGCCAAGGACUUCCCGCGGGAGAGGAAGGGCACCCACCUUGUGUUAUGGACACAAGAGCAGGAGGAGGAGCUGACGCGGCUCUUCGAGGAGUUCCAGGGCUCGGAGGAUGUCCUGGGGAACAUCAUGAAGCACCUGACGGCACGACGGUCGCGGGCUCGCGUGGUGGAGAAGCUGCUGGGACUGGGGCUGGUGUCGGAGCGCAAGGAGCUGUACAAGAAACGCCGGAGGAAGGGCCACGGCCCCGGGCCGGGUGCGGCAACUGCCCCGGUGGUGCCGGCCCAGGACAGCUCGGCAGAGGACAGGGACAGUGAGGAAGAGGAGGAGGAGGAGGAUGAAGCAGAGGAAUGCCCCAUGGAGGGGCACUGGGCGCCCGAGGAAGGGGCUGGGCAGGGCCUGGCACAUAGUCUGCAUCAGGAAGGCCUGGCCGGACCCCUGCAGUGGCUGGAGAACUGCCUGAGGAGGACAGCUGGGGACCGCGAGGAGGACGGCGUGUCCCACCCGGUGCCACUAGUGCCGCUCUCGGAGGAGAACGAGGAUGCCAUGGAGGACCGGCGCUUCCGGGCCCUGCUGCGGCGGCUGGGGCUCCGGCCCCCUGCCAACGAGCAGGAAUCCUUCUGGCGCAUCCCGGCUGCCCUCACCCCCCAGCAGCUCCGUCGUGCGGCCGCCUCCAUCGCCCACUACAGUCCCGACCCCCCAGGGUCCCCCAAGGGGCUGCUGGAGCCACCCAGGUGCCCCCAGGACCCCACUCCAGCAGAGCAACCACCGGCAGGGCUGGGAUCGGACUCGGAGAGCGAGGAGCCUGUCCCUGUCCCCAGCCUGGUGCAGCCGGGCACCAAGAGACGACGGGAGCUCAACAGCGAGGAUGAGGAUGAUGGGAGCUCGGGCCAUCCCGGAGCUGCCGCCAUGCCCCGGGCUCUGCUGUUCCUCCUCCUCCUCCUCGGCCUGGGGGGUAGCGUCCUCUCCACCGUCCCCCCCAUCCCCGGUGCCGCUGACCGGGCUGCGGCGCGGGCGCUGCUGGUGCAGCUGGCGGAGCACAUCCCGCCGCGGGCUCUGCCGGAGCAGGGGUUCUCGUGCCAGGACCUGCGCCCCGAAGUCCUGCCCGGCUUCGCCCAGCUCCCGCCGCUGCCCCGCGCCCUGGCCCGCGCCGCCAUGGCCCUGGCGCUGAGCGGGGCCGCCUGCGAGACCCAGGCUGAGGCGGAGGUGCUGGGGUUGUCCCGGGAGCUGGGACCCCCAAAGGCAGCGGCACUGCUUCGGGGGCUGGCGCAGCUGCGGAGCGCCCCGGCCCCCGAGGCCCUGUCCUUCCUCCUCCUCAGCAUGGUGCGGCCGCGGGGGUCUGCCGCAGCCCCUGCCCGGCUCCAGGGCCCCACGGCUGGCACCCACCCCACCUCACCCGGGCCGCCGGCCACGGGACCCUCGGCUGAGAGGGUCCGGGUGCUCCUGGGGGCCAGGGCCUGCGCUUGGCUGCCUGCGUGCCAGCGUGCUGUCCAGCACCAGUCCCGGCGCCGGCGCGAGGACGAGGACGUCUGCAAUCCACCGGGGGAGCAGGAGGCCCACAGGGUGCUGGAGUGGGUGCCGGGUGUCAGCAUUUUCUACAACCUGGGCACCAGCCUCUACUACGCCUUCCAGGGCUGCGAGGCCCUGGCCUCCACGCGGGCUCUGGAGGUCGCCGAGGACCUGGGCUACGCCGGCCUGGCCGCUCUCACCGCCGGCGCCGGCGGCCCCGUGGCCCUGGGGCUGCAGCUGGGGCUGCAGCCGGGGCUCAAGGCUGGGGUGCGGGCACUCAUCAACUACUUCACCUCGGAUGGGGACCCCCCACCAGCCCCCACCGCCCACAGCGGCCACGUCCUCAUCGUCUGA